CAGGGUUUGGGAACCACGUCGUUUGAACGGUCUUUUAUUUUGACAUGUAGCCGGAUGUUGUGUGUGACGUCAUUGAGUGCGCAUGUCCAGCCUCCUGCCACACACGUGAAGUCCGUAAAGAACAAGACUAGAAGUCAUGUCCAAAGCUAAACAAAAACGAGCCAAACGUCUCGACUUCCUCGGAAAAUGUAAGACUAAAGAUGGACAAAAUGAUUCUGAGCAGUCAUCUGUGCAGCAUGUCAAAGUCAUCAGAAAACAAGAAGAAAUCCGGAAGCAAAGGCUUCAGGACCUCCAGGACAGGCAGAGAAUUUCUAGAGAACGAGAGCAGAUGAAGAGGAGGAAUUUGCAAAGCUUUCAAAAUGACAUCCUGCAGCGACAAAGAGAGUUUGAGCAGAAGGAGACGGACAUGCAGAGUUUGGAGAAGAAUGUUAAUUUUGAAAAUGAGAAUUCGAGAAAGGCAUAUUACAGAGAGUUUAAAAAGGUAGUGGAGGCCUCAGAUGUAAUUUUGGAAGUUUUGGAUGCACGUGACCCUCUCGGCUGCAGAUGUCCACAGGUGGAGCAGGCAGUCAUUCAGAGCGGAACGAACAAGAAGAUAGUUUUAGUACUUAAUAAAAUUGAUUUGGUGUCAAAGGAAAUCGUGGAAAAGUGGAUUAAAUAUCUUCGUAAUGAGUUUCCUACAGUAGCUUUCAAAGCAUCUACUCAGCAACAGAACAAGAACUUGAAACGCAGCAACGUGUCAGUGACCAAAGCCACCACAGAGCUUCUUAACACCAGUGCUUGUAUUGGAGCAGAUUGUUUGAUGAAGCUACUCGGCAACUACUGCCGCAACCUCGACAUAAAGACGGCCAUCACCGUAGGUGUUGUAGGUUUCCCUAACGUGGGAAAGAGUAGUUUGAUCAACAGUUUGAAACGGGCACGAGCGUGUAAUGUCGGAGCCACUCCUGGCGUCACCAAGUGCCUUCAACAGGUGCAUUUGGACAAACACAUUAAGCUUCUAGAUUGCCCCGGCAUUGUCAUGGCAACUUCAACGACUGAUGCCGCAAUGAUUCUUCGUAACUGUGUGAAAAUCGAACAGCUUGUAGAUCCCUUUUCACCCGUUGAAGCCAUCCUUCGACGCUGCAACAAGGCGGAGAUCAUAGAGCACUACGGAGUCUCCGACUUUCACACAGCUCUGGAGUUCUUGGCAAUGCUCGCUCGACGUCAAGGCAAACUGAAAAAGGGAGGACUGCCUGACACUGACAAAGCCGCCAAGAGUGUGUUAAUGGACUGGACAGGCGGAAGGAUCAGCUACUUCACACACCCUCCAGAGACACACACUCUCCCCACACACGUCAGCGCUGAGAUUGUUACGGAGAUGGGUAAAGCUUUUGACUGGGAUGAGCUGGAAAAAGGAAAUCAGGAAGUUCUUGCAGAGUCAUCAUGUCCUGAUAUCCAAAUGGGAUUUUGCAUGGAAACCACUGGAAUGACACAAGGGGGCGAGGGUGAACUGUCUUCUGACCUGGGAAUGGUGGGGGGGUCUUUGGAAGAGCCAGAAUCUAAAGACGAAACUGAAACUAUGGAGGAUGGCCAGGACCAAGAGUUUGGACCAAUGACAGUGGAGAUAAAAUCUCAGAGGUCAAAGACUAAUUUACCUGCAAGUGAUGCUGCACCCAGGGCUCCAAAUUUGAAGGAUAUCUUGGAUAUACAUCCUCUACAGCAGGGUCAGGCACUCCUGGCUGCUGGCAAGAAGAGGAAGAAGCAACAGAAAAGAGCUGACAAAAUUGCCACCAAACUGUCGGACACAUUGACGGCUGCAAUGGACUUCUCAUUUUCAGAUAACUGAUUGAAAUAAAAGAUUAAAAGAAUA